AGCUUUCUGCAAGGUCUCCACACUGAGAGCCGAACUCUCCGGAACGAGGAGCCCGGGCGGCCGGCGGGGACAAUGGAAGGAAACCCAGGCCAGAAACGCGAGCCGAGCCUGCCUUCUCCGGCCGACAGCAGGCAGAUGCACGAGCAAGGGAAAAGCAGUCUACAUGUAACAUCCCCGGAAGAUGCAGAGUACCGCAGGCCCAAGCAGCACCUGUCUAAUGGGAACACCAGGGCUCCCGUUUCCAAGUCUGCCCGAAAUAUCCCAAGGAGACACACCCUAGGUGGGCCCCGAAGUUCCAAAGAAAUACUGGGGAUGCAAACAUCUGAGAUGGACAGGAAGAGAGAAGCGUUUCUAGAACACUUAAAGCAGAAGUACCCCCACCAUGCCACAGCGAUCAUGGGCCACCAAGAGAGACUGAGAGAUCAGACAAGAAGCCCUAAGCUGUCUCACAGUCCUCAGCCUCCCAAUCUGGGGGAUCCGAUUGAGCAUUUAUCAGAGACAUCCGGUGAUUCCUUGGAAGCCAUGUCUGAGGCAGACGCACCAAGUCCUUUUGCCAGAGGAAGUCGAACUCGAGCAAGUCUUCCCGUGGUGAGGUCAGCCAACCAAACAAAAGAAAGAUCUCUGGGGGUUCUCUAUCUACAGUAUGGAGAUGAAACCAAGCAGCUCCGGAUGCCCAAUGAAAUCACAAGUGCAGACACGAUCCGCGCUCUCUUUGUAAGUGCCUUUCCACAGCAGCUCACCAUGAAAAUGCUGGACUCACCCAGUGUUGCCAUCUACAUCAAAGAUGAGAGCAGAAAUGUCUAUUAUGAAUUAAACGAUGUGAGGAAUAUCCAAGACAGAUCCUUCCUCAAAGUGUACAACAAGGAUCCUUCACACGCGUUUAACCACAUGCCAAAAGCUGUGAAUGGAGACCUGAGGAUGCAGAGAGAAGUUAUUUAUGCACGAGGAGACGGCCCCGGUGCCUCCCGACCUGGAUCCACAGCUCAUCCGCCCCACGCAGGUCCAAACUCCCCGCCCUCCACGCCUGUGCCGCAUUCCCUGCCUCCCUCCCCAUCCAGAAUCCCUUACGGGGGCGGACGGCCCAUGGUUCUUCCUGGCAACGCCACCAUCCCCAGGGACAGACUCUCCAGCCUGCCUGUCUCAAGGUCCAUCUCGCCAAGUCCCAGUGCCAUUUUGGAAAGAAGAGACGUCAAACCAGAUGAGGACAUGAGCAGCAAAAACCUAGCGAUGUACCGAAAUGAGGGUUUCUAUGCUGACCCUUACCUCUACCACGAGGGACGCAUGAGCAUCGCCUCGGCCCACGGCGGCCACCCCCUGGAUGUCCCGGACCACGUCAUCGCCUACCACCGCACUGCCGUCCGGUCAGCCAGCGCCUACUGCAACCCUUCCCUGCAGGCAGAUGUGCACUUGGAGCAGUCACUGUACAGGAAAUCCAGGAAGUACCCGGACAGUCACCUGCCUACCCUGGGGUCCAAAACGCCCCCCGCCUCCCCGCACCGCGUGGGCGACCUGAGGUUGCUGGACACCAUCCCACACCCCAGCGCCCAUGGUCCCCCGCAUGCCCUGCAGCCAGGGGCUUCGCCCAGCCGCCAGGCCUUCAAGAAGGAGCCCGGUACCCUGGUGUACAUCGAAAAGCCGAGGAAUCCCCCAGGAUUAUCCGGCCUGGUGGACCUCGGGCCUCCUCUAGUGGAGAAGCAAGUUUUUGCCUAUAGCACUGCUACAAUCCCUAAAGACAGAGAAACCAGAGAGAGGAUGCAAGCCAUGGAACAGCAGAUUGCCAGUUUAACUGGCCUUGUUCAGUCUGCGCUUUUUAAAGGGCCCAUUACAAGUAGUAGCAAAGAAACCUCUAGUGAGAAAAUGACGAAAACCACAGCCAACAAGAGCCACACAGACAGUGCAGGAAUUUCCCAUGUGCCUGGUGGGAAGAGUCUGGAGUCCACAGUGCCUCCUGGCCAGCCCCUGCCUGCCGGCACCUCAUCCAUCCAUAUGAGCCUGCUUGACAUGAGGCGGAAUGUAGCCGAACUCAGGCUCCAGCUCCAGCAGAUGCGGCAGCUCCAGCUGCAGAACCAGGAGAUGCUGCGGGCGAUGAUGAAGAAGGCUGAGCUAGAAAUCAGCAGCAAAGUGAGGGAGACCAUGAAGAGACUGGAGGACCCUGUGCAACGUCAGCGCACCCUGGUGGAACAAGAGAGGCAAAAGUACCUUCACGAGGAGGAGAGGAUCGUCAGAAAGUUACGUGAGCUGGAAGAAUUUGUUGAGGAUUUGAAGAAGGACUCUUCAUCUGCAGGCCGAGUGGUGACUCUGAAAGACGUGGAGGAUGGGGCUUUUCUCCUGCGGCAAGUAGGGGAAGCUGUGGCCACCCUGAAAGGAGAAUUCCCAACCUUGCAAAAUAAGAUGCGUGCGGUGCUGCGCAUAGAAGUUGAGGCGGUACGGUUCCUGAAGGAGGAGCCGCACAAGCUGGACAGCCUCCUGAAGCGUGUGAGGAGCAUGACAGAUGUCCUGACAGUGCUGCGGAGGCACGUCACUGAUGGACUCCUGAAAAGCACAGAUGCAGCCCAGGCUGCACAGUACGUCGCCAUGGAGAAGGCCACGGCUGCAGAGGUCCUAAAGCAUCAGGAAGAGGCAGCCCACACCUCCGGGCACACUGGCACAGGAGGCCCUGGUGAUGUGAAGCCGGAGGUGGUACCCCUGUCAGCCAUGACAGUUCACCACGCACAGAGCUCCCCUGUGGUCAUCCAGCCCUCCCAGCACUCCUCCGCCUUGCUGAAUGUGCCUGGUGGGACUGGUCCCCGCACAGCCAGCCCCCCAGCAGCCACACAGGAAGUAACCUCUGCACCCAGGCCAGCUCCAGCCCCCCAGUCCCCUCAGACCCCCAUGAAUGGUUCUACCAUGCAGAGCUUGUUUGUUGAGGAGAUCCACAAUGUCAGCACCAAGAACAGGGCCGUGUCCAUUGAGAAAGCAGAAAGGAAAUGGGAAGAGAAAAGGCAAAAUCUAGACCACUAUGAUGGGAAAGAGUUUGAGAAACUCCUGGAAGAAGCCCAGGCAAACAUCAUGAAGUCAAUUCCAAACCUGGAGAUGCCGCCAGCCUCCGGCUCAAAGGGAGACACCGUGGCAGACAAGCUGGAGCUGUCAGAAGAGUCUCCAAAUUCAGAGCAAGAAUCAGACAAGCUAGGGGGCAAGUCGCCCCCUCCUCCUCCCCCACCCCCGCGGCGAAGCUACCUGCCUGGUUCGGGGCUCACUACCACAAGGUCUGGCGAUGUGGUCUACACCAGCAGGAAAGAGAGCCCUGGAGCUAAGGUGAGUGGUGAAGAUGCUGGACCACAGACUAGAGCCACAAAAUGCCCCACAGAGGAGCCUACUUCAGCCUGGGUCCCAUCCCCGCUGCCAGUCCCUACCUCCUCUUCAAAGGAUGAAGAGGAAGAAGAAGAAGAAGGAGACAAAAUCAUGGCAGAACUCCAGGCAUUCCAGAAGUGUUCCUUUAUGGAUGUAAAUUCAAACAGUCAUGCUGAGCAGUCCCGGGCUGACAGUCACCUUAAAGACACUAGGCCAGGCGCCACAGCCCCACCCAAGGAGAAGAAGAAUUUGGAAUUUUUCCAUGAAGAUGUUCGGAAAUCUGAUGUUGAAUAUGAAAACGGCCCCCAAGUGGAAUCUUACAAGGUUACUACAGGGGUUCUGAGACCCAGUGACCCUCCCAAGUGGGAAAGAGAAACAGUGAAUAGUAUAUCUGACACAUCAAGAAUGUCAGAAUGUCCAGCUGACAUCUUCAUGAAGGAAAAUUCCAUGCCCAAUAAGAAUUUAUUCAGAGACAGUAGAAAUUAUUCCCAUAAAAAUAUACCUAAGGUCAAUUUCAAUUUCACUGGCAUGAAUUCAUUGGAAAAUGGAGCAAAUAAAGUGCCCAGCAUCUCUGGACCACAGUAUGCUAUUCCUGACACUGAGAAUCAGAAGUUUAAUUAUGGAAAGAUAAAAGAGAUAGGUCAAGAAAGACAAGAAAAUACAGCUAAGAGUCACAUUCCUCCUCCAACUAGGUCAACAGAGUUAAGUAUUCAUGAUAUCAAAACCCAAGAUCAAGAUAUUCUUAUGACAGAUUUUGGCCACGUUGUCCUAAGAUCCAAAGGGACUAGGCACACAAAUAUAAACACUAGGGGGGAUGGAGAAUCAACUCCAAGUUCUCCCAGUGAGGAACAUAUAGGCACUGACAACAUCGCCUUUAUGAUCACCAAAACCGCUGUCCAGGUUCUGUCCAGUGGGGAGGUCCACGAUAUAGUUAGCCAAAAGGGUCAAGAUGUACAGACAGUCAAUAUUGAUGCAAGAAAAGAGACCUCCCAGCAAGAAGGGACUGACAGCGAGGAGCCGGUUGUAUGCCUAGACAAGAAACCAGUUAUCAUCAUUUUUGAUGAACCCAUGGACAUCCGGUCUGCGUAUAAGAGACUUUCAACCAUCUUUGAGGAAUGUGACGAGGAAUUAGAGAAAAUGAUGACAGAGGAAAAGAUAGAAGAGGAGGAAGAGGAAGAGGCUGGAGAUGCUGGAGUCCAGAACCACACUGCACAGAUGCUUCAUAAGGAAGCUGUCUCAGGAAGUGGCAGAAUGGGACAAAAGGCAGAGACCCAGACUCCAGGAGGACAGGAAAUAAAUAAAACAGAGCAGAGCGCGUUUAGUUCAGUGGAUUCUCCAAACUCAGAAAACCAGUGCGAUGUGACCGAUGACCAAUUUGAAAGCCCCAAGAAAAAGUUUAAGUUCAAGUUCCCCAAAAAGCAACUGGCAGCUCUCACUCAAGCCAUCCGCACAGGAACCAAAACCGGGAAGAAGACCCUGCAGGUGGUGGUCUACGAAGAGGAGGAAGAGGAUGGUACUUUGAAACAGCACAAGGAAGCCAAACGGUUUGAAAUCACCAGGUCUCAGCCAGAAGACACCCCUAAAAAUUUGGCUAGGAGGCCAGAGCAGCCCAGCCUUGAGGGCACAUCGCCAACUUCAAGAACUGAUGAAAUUAGGAAAAAUACCUACAGAACAUUGGACAGCCUGGAGCAGACUAUUAAGCAGCUGGAAAAUACCAUCAGUGAAAUGAGCCCCCGGACCAUAGUCGAUACCUCAUGUUCUUCCAACAGAGAUUGUGAUGCAAGCUCGCCCCACAUAGCCAGUGAGGUCUCUCCCCAGGCCUUGCUGGCUUUGGAUGAAGGUCCCCCUGCCCCAGAGCCCCUCACGUCCAUUUCUUCAGCUUCACGUAAGGGCUCCAGCGCCACUCCACAGACGAGCAGGAUGCCAGUCCCCAUGAGUUCCAAGAACAGACCCGGAAGCCUGGACAAACCCAGCAAGCAGUCCAAACUGCAGGAUCCCCGCCAAUACCGUCAGGCUAAUGGAAGUGCUAAGAAAGCUGGUGGGGAUUGUAAGCCUACUUCCCCCUCCUUACCUGCUUCUAAGAUUCCAGCCCUUUCUCCCAGCUCUGGGAAAAGCAGUUCUCUGCCCUCUGCUAGCGGUGACAGCUCUAACCUCCCCAGUGCACCUGCUACUAAACCAUCGAUUGCUUCUAACCCUCUCAGCCCCCAAGCAGGACGGUCCGCUCAACCCGCCUCCCUCAUCCCUUCUGUUUCUAAUGGCUCCUUAAAGUUUCAGAGCCCGCCUCACACAGGUAAAGGUCACCACCUCUCAUUCGCACUGCAGUCUCAAAACGGCCGAGUCGCCCCUCCUUCCACCUCUUCCUCCUCCUCCCCUCCCUCUCCUGCCUCCCCCACCUCCCUGAAUCAAGGUGCCAAGGGCAUCAGGACCAUCCACACUCCUAGCCUCGCCAGCUACAAGGCACAGAAUGGAAGUUCAAGCAGAGCCACCCCAUCCACAGCAAAGGAAGCCUCUUAAAUUUAGGCCACAUCCUGUUAGGCACAAGGUGGAGUUCUUUGGUUUUUAAUUUUUAGCAGUCCGAAACAACUGUUUUCACAAAAGAAUGUAUCAUAUUGCUGUACUGUUCAAAGCUUCAUGCAAAGUAUGUGCUAAAUUCUGAAUUGAUAGAUUACAGUAAAGCUCGUUUUUUCUAUUCUGUUGCUGUUGUAAUUACAUGGUGUUUACUGUCUAGAUUCAGUACCUAUUAAAUGAAGUAAGCAUGUGCUAUGAAAAAGAGAGUGUGGUGAGAGUGGGGGUGUGAGAUGCAGGCUGUAUUAAGCAUGUGAGACAUGUAUGAUUCCAGAAUUUUAGUAUGUUUUGUACAAAACUAUUUUUCAUUACGGAGACUAGAAGUGAAAGAGAACUACACAGUGUGACUAUAUAAAUUGUAAAGCAGAUACUAUAAUGUUUCCUUUUAUUUUACUGUUAUUUAGCUUUAUUACAGAUUUCUAUUUUUGUCAAAACGUCAUGGUUCCUUUCAAGAUUUUUGCCAAUACAUUUUGAUACUACAGCAUUGUACAUUAGAAAGUAGUGUGCUAGACCCUAAGCCAGUGAACUUCUACACAGCCGGUAGGGAGGCCCAUGUAGGAAGAGUUUAUCAAAACGAUUGCACUGCCAUACAAAGUAUGUGUGAUAAUUUGCUAGCCCAAGCAAGCUAGUUUCUUUUUCCUUUCUUUGUUUUUUUUUUCUUUCUUUCCUCUUUCUUCUUCCUUUUUUUUUUUUUUUUUAACAUUGGAAUUCUCUAGCUGUUUUCUGUGUGGUAUCUCGCCCCCUUCGUAUGUUUUCUUAGAUCUGGUAACCCACACUAUUGCAUUGUGGAUUUUAAAAUGUACACUUCUGUAUGGUUCUAUAAACCGAUCAAUGUUUGUAAAUAUAUAAAUAGACAUAAAAACACUGUUAUGUGACAGCGCACAGAGUAGCUUUUCCCACACCAAAGUUAAUUUUUAUGCAUGCUUUAAAAGUAUAUAUUGGGAUGGGCAGAAAUGGGACUACCCAUACAUUUUUAAAAAGCAACAAGUUUGCACAGCUAGUGUUUUGUAAAUAAAUGUAUUUGUAUAACACAGUCAUGUAAUAUACAGAACUAUAAGCAGAGACUUUGAAAAACUGAAUAAAGGGCUGCAUGCUUAUUUUUUGUACUUGUCACUAUAACUAACUACUUCCUAUUCAAAGAACGUAACUAUUGCCACAUGGUUUGGGCUUUGAGGGCAUUCUAAGCAACAUGUAACCACAUCCCACCCAGACAGCUCUGCUUUUCUGAAAACUCGGUGGUAACCAACAGUGAGUUCCUAAUAAACUGAUUGCACAUGU